AUGUCGUACAGGAAGGGGUACUCGUGCACCGGAUCAGGAACGAACUCUCAGGGCAAUCACUACUGCACCCGUGACUACGGCUCCUCAGCCGCGAACUCCAACUCGUACCAUUACUCGAACUCAAACGGCAGCUACUACUACUCGAACCCCAACGGCUCGACUUACUACAACAAUGGCAGCGGCAGUGCCACCUACACCAGCCCGAGCGGCCGUACCUAUUACAAGCAAGGUUGA